UGAAUACCGGGACAGCAAACAUGUCGGCGGUCAAUUGAAAAGUUGUCGCUAGUCGGCAUUGUGUGUUUUUCUUUCUUUUCGAUGUUUAAACUUUGCAUUCAAGCCGCACCUUGAUACGUUUAAUAGACAAGGACUCCACGAUAAGAGCCACAACCUUCGUUAUUAUCAGAAAUAAUGCUGAUAUCUGGGACUCAUGUCGGACGUCGUGUAUGAAGAGACAGCCACGAUGAUUGCCGCAGGGGAAUUGCAUCCGUUUGUCCCGUUUGGCCGUGAUCACUGCAGGAACCACCCCAACGCUUUCAACCUGCAGCUGCGGGAGCUGCAGCCCGCCUCCGAGCUCUGGUCGUCGGACUGCGCCGCCGGCCUGGCCGGCUCCCUGCAGGAGGUCAGCCUCCAGGAGAGAGAGAGGGAAAGCUGGCAGCUGAGGAAAGGCUACGUGGAGUCCCUGGAGCAGGAUGUGGAGUUCGAAGAGGAGCUGUACGCCUCCGGGAAUGUGGUGGUUUGGACCCGCGGCAGCCGGGGGCAGAGCUCCAACGUUUACAAGGCGUUCACUGUGGACAGUCCCGUAGAGCAGGCAUCAUGGUGUGACUUUCCUGUUCUUCAUAGCAAGAAAGACGAGGAUACAGUGGAGCGUACGGUGUGCAUCGUGCAGAACGGAUGCAUUAACAUCCACACCGUGACCGGCAAGGAUUUCCUCUCGCCUCUGCCGUUCCAGGUGUCCAAAGUAUGGCCGACCAAGUUCGGACUUUUGCUAGAGCGUAAAAUCACGGCAGCUGACGGACAGUUCAGCUCCCCAGGCGAAUGUCUUCCCACCGUCUUCAGCAUGCUGCAUCCAAUAGAUGAGGUGGCGCCAUUGGUGCGCAAAACCACAGGUGACAGCUCUCACGUGGAGUACAUCUCCGACACCAGCACUAAGAUCAUCUUCACGUGCUGUCGACCCUCCAUCUUGGUCUCUUACAACAGUGACCAGGGAACGCACUCGGUGUGGUGCCUGCGCAAGGUCACGCACGAGGAGCGCUGUAGCGUGCUCGGUUGUCCGAGCAAGCCCUUCGGAGAACCGCUGGGCUCCCUGGCAACGGGGGUCCUUAUGUCGCACCUGCGCAACUCCUCCCACCUGGAGUCCCCGUGCAGCAGCAAGGCAUCCAGGUUCAAUUCCAGUGUUGGAGCAAGCGCUGCCAUCGCUGCCAACUCUCCUCUUCACUACAACAAUCUGCACAGCCACCAGAGCCGAAUCACCAUGUCCUCACAAGUGGGACCGACCCGCAUCCAUUCCCCGGGUAUAUCCAAGAUGGCCGAUCUCAGUCGCGAUCACUCCCCGGGAAUGGCUGCGCCAUCCUUAUCGGGCGGGGCUCGCUUCAACACGACCCUCCACGUGUCGUCGCCAGUGGGCCCACACCACGGCGCAGCGCACUCGCCCAACAGCACCAUCAGCGAAACUGUGAUGGGACCGAUUAUACCAGAACUCUGCAUAGAUCACCUGUGGAGCGAGACGGCCGCCUGCCACAGCCUGGACAGAGAGAUGAGCAGCCAGGCCGCCAAAGUGUUCCUGACCUCCGACCUCUGUGAAAACCGCUACCUGUGCUUCCUGGUUGAGUCGCACCAGCAACUCAGAUGCGUGAAAUUCAUGGAGAGCAACGAUAUGUCUCAGCUCAUUUUCACCUCUGUCACGAGCAUUGCUGCUAAAGAUGCCGAGCCUCUACAGAACAUCGGCGCUAUGUUGGUUCUGGAAGCCUGCGGCAGCCUUGUUCUUUACACCGGCGUCACUCGGGUCAGCAAGGUGUUUGUGCCCGGUCUCUUGCCGUCGUCUGCCUUGCCGUCGGCAGGCGUGCAAGUUAGCACGCCUGUUAACGCUAGCAACAGGCGCUUGCAAAGACUGGAUGAGACUGCCAUGCCCUCACCAGUGAGCGAGAUGAGGAUUCUUAACAUGAAGCACCACGAAGGCUCUUUUCUGGAGGACUACGCCUUCCAGCAGGCCAUGCCUUACAUCAACGCCUUGAGGGAUCCCGUCAGUAAUCGUGUGACAUUGGAACUAAGCAACGGCACCAUGCUCAGAAUCUCCAUCCCGAACAUUGCUUCCUCAGAGUUGGUGAAGAAAUGUCUUAAGGCUAUUCGGUUCAUCUUGCCCAAGGAAGCUGCAAUGAAGGUUUUGGUCAAGUGGUAUACCAUCAACAACGCCCCGGGCGGCACCAGCGUCCACAGCGAGUGGAACCGUUUUGUCACUUGUUUCCUGUCACUGAUGGGCUACAACACGGAGCGUCUGACCUGGACACGAAACCUGCAUUUUGAAGUGCCUCACUCGCCGGUGAUUGCGGCUAAAAAAGCUCGUCCCUGUGAUGAAGGCUCUGAUGAGGACUGGGAAUACUUGACGAGAUCUAAAUACCACCACCAGAUGGUUUCCCACUGCAAACCAACAGACUCCAGUGCUUUCAAUGGAAGCCUCAUCCCGGACGGAGGCGACUCAGCAGCGUUGUCGCCAACUUUGGACAACACGGCGCCUCUCUUCACGCACAUUCCGGCUCUUUUCUACGUUCUCCACCUGCUCUACCAGGAGCUGAUGCUCGACGAGUUGCUCCGCGAGAGGGCCACGUCGUCUCUGGUGUGUCUGUUGCAGCAGCUCGCCAGAGACCUCCAUUUGGAGGACUAUCUGGACCUAUACUGGAGAGACUACCCUUCAUUAAUGAGCGGAUUCACCGAGAGUUGCUACAUUGAUCAGUCUCUGAUUGGUCAAAUGCAGUACCCGUCUUUCCUGCGGGCGGAGCCACCUUGCGUCUUCAGCUGGUUCAGCAGUUGUCUUCGAGGGGAGAAAGUCCCGCCUUUCCCUUACCUGCCCGGCAUCUGUCAUCGGGUCCGGCUGCUCGUUCUGAGUUACGCUCUUUACAUCGGCGGUGACGACAACGCGACCGCGUCCAACGUUUCCGAGUACCUGGUGAAGCUUUCCGCAGGUCAGAAGAGCAAUGAGAAGCAGUACGGAAGACAUACAAGCAUGGAGCAAGUCAAGUCGUGCAGUGAGAGUUUAGCCGAGCAGCUCGUUGUCUGGCUGGCCUCGCAAGGAUUCACCUUAAAGGACCUGGAGACGGUCCCGUUCGGUGUGGCCCUGCCCGUCCGAGAGGCCAUCUACCACUGCCGGAAGCAGCCGUGCGCCGAUUGGUCGGAGGAGGUUUGCCUCCUGAUCGGCCGGCAAGACCGAACCCGACAAGCCCACAACACCAAUCCGGCCAAAAGCAAAUCUUCCGUGGGUUCCAGCUUAUCUUUGGAUCCUCCCUCGACCAGCGAAGCCGACGAAGAGGAGGAGGACGGCAUGUCGGACAUCGUCCAAGAGGUCACAGAACUGAUCUGGAGUCAAGAUCUGAGAGUCCAGGAGGUCCGGAGACUACUGCAGAGCUCCAAGCCAGUCCGGGUCAACGUCGUCCAGCUCCCGGAGGUCUCGGACCACGAGUACAUUGAGGAGAAGGAGAACAAACUCCUGCAACUGUGUCAGAGAACCAUGUCGCUUCCAGUGGGAAGAGGGCUCUUUACUCUGUUUUCCUAUCAGCCGGUUCCGACUGAACUUUUACCCAUCCCUAAACUCAACCUAACAGGUCGCGCCCCGCCCACGAACGCUAUGGUGGACCUGAACAGCGGCAACAUUGACUUACCCGCUAACAUGACUAGCUGGCCCAGCUUCCACAACGGCGUGGCCGCCGGACUUAAGAUUGCACCUGCCUCGCAGGUGGACUCCGCUUGGAUCAUUUACAACAAGAACAAGAACCAAGAGUUGGCUAACGAGCACGCUGGCUUCCUCAUGGCGCUAGGCCUCAACGGACACCUCACCAAACUGGGGACACUCAGCAUACACGACUACCUUGCCAAGGGUCACGAGAUGACCAGCAUCGGGCUUCUUAUCGGCGUGGCCGCAGCCCGACUGGGCACCAUGGACAUGACGACCACCAGCCUGCUUAGCAUCCACAUUCCUGCCUUGCUACCUCCUACCUCCACUGAGCUGGACGUCCCACACAACAUUCAGGUUGCCUCUGUAAUUGGCAUUGGCCUUGUGUACCAGGGAACAGGACACAGACACAUGGCUGAAGUUCUGCUAUCUGAGAUAGGGCGUCCUCCAGGCCCAGAGAUGGAAUACUGCACUGACAGGGAGUCAUACUCCUUAGCUGCAGGAUUAGCUCUCGGAAUGGUCUGCCUCGGGCAAGGCAGCAACCUGAUUGGGAUGGGCGACCUGAACGUCCCGGAGCAGUUGUAUCAGUACAUGGUAGGGGGUCACCGCAGGGCCCCGGUCGGAGCCAUCAGAGAGAGACACAGCUACCAGAUCAAGGAGGGCGACACCAUUAACGUGGACGUGACGUGUCCUGGAGCCACACUGGCCCUAGCCAUGAUCUACCUCAAGACGAACAACCGGUCAAUAGCUGACUGGCUAAAACCUCCGGACACUUGGUUCCUGCUGGAUUUCAUCAAACCAGAAUUUCUUCUUCUAAGAACGCUGGCAAGGUGCAUCAUCAUGUGGGAUGACAUCGUACCUAAUAAGGAGUGGGUGAAAAGUAAUGUACCUCAGAUCAUGCGAGGGACGGAAAUGGAUUCACCAGAAAAUAUCAACAUGGAGAUUUGGAUCCAAGUGCAGGACUACAUCACUGCGGGCGCUUGCAUGGCACUCGGCCUUCGCUUUGCGGGUUCCGCCAAUUCGGAUGCCUUCGACUGCCUGGACGAUUUCGCCAAGAGCUUCAUGCAAGUCAUGUCUUCCUACGGUACAGCCUCUGUGGAGCCGGGUUCCUACAACAUGCAGACGGCGCUGUCCAUGAUUCUGCUGUCCAUGUCCAUGGUGAUGGCCGGCACGGGUAACCUGAAAGUGCUGCAGCUCUGCCGCUUCCUACACUACCGCACCGGCGGCGAGAUGAACUACGGCUUCCACAUGGCUCAUCACAUGGCGCUCGGCAUGCUUUUCCUGGGAGGGGGAAGGUUCAGCUUGAGUACCUCCAACUCUGCUAUUGCUGCCCUCUUGUGCGCCCUCUACCCGCACUUCCCCUCUCACAGUACUGACAACCGCUAUCACCUCCAGGCCCUACGACACCUCACCGUGCUGGCGGCCGAGACCCGCCUGCUGGUGCCAGUGGACGUGGAUUCCCUCAAGCCCUGUUACGCUCUUCUGGAUGUCACUUAUAAGAAAACCGAGUGGUACGAUGAGACGACGGUGGAGCUGGUGGCGCCCACCAUGCUGCCUGAGCUGAACCUUCUCAAGCGGGUUCGAGUGAAGGGUCCUCGUUACUGGGAGCUGUCCAUUGACCUGAUCAAAGACGUGCAGCAUCUCAAGUCCAUCCUGUCUCGGAACGGCGUUUUGUACGUGAAACUCCGAGCGGGACAGUUGCCCUACAAGGAUGACCCUCAGGGCUGGAAGAGCUUGUUGGCUUCAGCGGUCAAGCAGCGCAGGCCUGGAGUCGGAGCCUUCAAGGUGGAGGACAUCUCCACCUUCACCUCUGACCCCACCCUGCUGUCUUUUGCCGAGUUCUUCUGCAAGACGUCAAACGGAAUCAAGCACAGAGAGGAGACGGUGGCGUUAUUCUCAGCCAUGUUAUACGAGUGCGUGACAAAGGAAUGUCCGGAAAUGCUGCCCACGUACGUGGCCAUCGAGCAGGCGGUCAGCGCACUGUGUCGGGGCGAGCUGCAGCACACCUUCGCCUUGUGGCAGAUGCGUCUAGUGGUGGACCUUUGGGACGGGACGCUGCGACGUCCCGCCGACAUCUGCGACGCGAUGCUCUCCUCGGAGUUUUUACCAGUCAUGAGGAAUAAGGUGGACGUGGCGUUGGAUUGCUGGCUCAAAGACAACAGCUCAGCGCUGACGUCCUACAUUGGUGGCAAGGCCCUCUCCGAGGGUGCCGGAUCAGCCCUAUUGGCGUGCUUUGUGGCCUACCGCUCUGUCCCGUGCCUCAGGGACAAACUCAUACAUCUGCAAGGCUGCACUUCGCCCGGGGUUUUGAUGACCAGCAGCAAACGGUUGGGAAUCCCAAUCAGAGACUUGCUGCGGCUUGCUCCGGUCCUUCUGGAAGGCGCCAAGAUACCCUUUUCCAACUCGAUGGUUGCACGGUGAACCCCAGGUUCUCUCCUAUCCUUAAAACCUGCACGGACUGGGCUUUCUGCUGUAUGGAAAUGCUCGGUUUGUUCAAGUUCUGGGCCAUUUUGAGCAAAGACUCGAUCAUCUGUUUCAAGAUGGCAUGGAUUCUAUUUUUGCGUGAUAUAAUUCAUUGGUUAUGUUAGUCUUUUACAGCAAAUUGUAAUGCUUCAUUGUUUCUUUCACGAAAAAAACUGUAUAUAAUGAUAUACUACAUGAUUGAUUUUGACUCAUUCAGAAGGAUUAAAUGAAAUUAAAAACUAUUUACGAUGUAUUUUCAUUUC